AACAAGUGAUUUAAAAAUGUGCAAACGUUCAACAGGAAUUUAAUGCUAGGCUAGCUGGAUAUUUCCAUUUCCAAAUUAACAUAAUGUUAGAUAAUUGUGGAGUAAUCCAUUUUAUUUGAUUAUGCUCUGCAUUUUGUUGUCAAUGUAUUUAUGUAAAUGGUUCCAUGAUUUAAUAGCAGACAAUGAUCAUGAGAUGCCCAUCUAAAUCUGUUGAACGUUAGCGUAGCUAGCUUGCGUCAAAGUUAAUCAGAACUGUAACAGUACAAGUUACAAAAACCGCCAUGACUGAGUGGAGAUGGACCAAGGCAGUAGAAGAACAUUCAAUCCAAAUGGAGGAUCUGGACACUCAUCAUCACACGGCUAUUUUGUCACUCCAUGUGAUCCCUGGCACAGCACACCGGUGAAAAAGAAGAAUGUGGGAGCUUCUAUCGAGGAGCCUUCCCUAGUGUCCACCUCAGCUCAGAGUGAGGGACAGAAGAUGGCCAGCCAAUCAGCCAGAAGUCCCCCAAGCCUCAGUCCCACAGGAAGCCUCUACACCCAACCCCCCUCCCUGUCUCUACCCCUCCUACAGGAUAGAAUGCCUCUUGGUGAGAUGGAGAGUGCCACCAUCCAAAGGCAGAGGCGGGAGCUGCAGCUGCUGAUUUGUGAACUGAAAGACCGGGACCAGGAGCUCAACACCAUGGCUGCUGCCCACCACAAGCAGCUCACUGCCUGGGAACAAGACCGCCAGAGAGUCCUGACCCUGGAGCAGAGGUGUGCUCGCCUGGAGGAUGAGCUUCAGAAACGUAAUGAGGUGAUCAGAGCUGUAACUAAGAGGGUUCAUGUCGUGGAGGCCCGGGAGAAGGAAGGCCACAGGGAGCUCAACUCUACCCAGCAACAGCUGCUCGAGCUAGGGAAGAAGCAGCAGUACACCAGCCAACACUGUCACGACCUGAAGGAGAAGAACCAAAGUCUGAACUCCACAGUGAUGUCUUUGUCAGCCCAGCUGGGCUCUCUGCAAGUCAGAGGGGAGGAGCUCAGCACCAUGCUCAGACUCAAGGACAAGGAUGUGACGGAGGCAACCAAUCACAUCGUAGAUCUGUCUGGGCGCCUGCGGGAGAUGGAGGGGUCGCUGAAGGAGAGUCACUCACGGGAGGCCGGGGUGUUCAGGGAGGUCGAGGAGCACAAACGGCGAUACAGAGAGGUCCGGCACGAGAACACACGGCUCAAAGAGGAGUUACAGCAGCAGGUAACAGAGGGCAGUGCCCAGAGAGAGGACAUCAUCCGUCUGAAGCAGGAAGGACAGCUGCUGCGCAGGGAGCUGGCUCUCUCGGGUGAGGGGGAGAGCUGGAAGGAUGAGCUGCUGGGAUUGGCUCGUUCCAAGCAGGAGCGCACAGAGUCGGAGCUGCACUGUCUACGCCAGGUGUGUGAGAACCAGCAGAAUGACCUGCAGCUGCUUCAGUUGAACCUGGAGAGCACCCGGGAGGCCCUGAAACAGGCUGAGGGACAGGGGCCACAUGGGAGUCAGGGAACAGAGAGAGUAGGAGGGACAGAGAGACGAGCAACAGGGUCAGUCUACAGACAGACUUUAAGCAGAAGUAUAGACCACCACCCAAACUGUCCAGAACCCCCCUUCCCCCUCCUUGUCACAGGAGAGAGACAGGCACCCCAACAGGAGGAUGAAAGUAGUGUUUCAGAGUUGACCUCUGACCUCACUGACGGUGCAGUAGCAACCCGGGACCUCAUUGCUGCUGUCCCCAGAGAGUUGCUGAGUCACGCAAUGGUCCAAGCUAGCAGCGUUAGUGACUGUUUUUCAUCGACGAAGAGAGAGAACCAGAACAUAUCAAACCCCCGUACUCUCAGUUCCUACACCAACCGAGAGUCAAGUCACCAGGAAACAAUGACAGGUAGAGAGAGUAGAGAAACCAUGGAGACACAAAGCAUAGCCGCCGCCACAGGAACGCUUAGUCGAACUCGAUCGCCAGGCCAAGCUAGCGUCAACUUCAGCGACUACCUGUGCACUGUUUCAGGAAACCAAGGCACGUAUCUUAGGCAACAAGAGCAACAACAACUCACCGAACAUGAAUCAGACUACAGCAGCCAGGAAACACGAAGGAGAGCUAGCAAGGAAACCAUGGUAACCCGUAGUAGCCUAGCCCCGGGAACCACCACACUGUCGCUGAGCGACCGCAUCGCUAGCUACCGCAGCCAAAAUAAAUCAGCAAGGAGAGAAGGCAGAGGGAUACAGAGUCAGAGUGGAGUUAGUGGGAAUGAGGGUUCGUUAAACCGCACUGUCGAUCAAGUUAGCAUUAGCGACAGAAGAAAAGAAGGCAGGGGGACCAGGAGUGAGAGUGGAGUAAGUGGGAAUUUCAGCGAGAAUAACAGCGGGAAUGUGGGUCACACUUCUGGUAAAGCUAGCGACGGAGUCUCGAACUACAGCCACCAGGGAACAUCAGGAAAAGAAUGCAGGGAGUCAUUGUGUGAGGAUGGAAUCGGUACGAAUGCCGGCUCCCUGGUGGAGAGGACUGAGUCCCCUGAAUGUCGGUGUAGCAGUAUGGUUGAGGGACAGACAGGACCUAGCUCCUAUAAGACAGCUAGUUGUGGCUGUGGUAGUUUGCCUGAAGUACAGGCAGGGCAGAGCUAUGGCUUUGGUAGUAUGGUUGACGGACAGACAGGACCCAGCUGUGGGUGUAGAUGUAUAUCCGAAGGCCAGGAACAGAGUGAACCUAGCCUGUCUGAAGCAGCCAGCUCUGAGACAGGGACAGAUGCAGGGCUAGGUGCAGGGAUGGAGCUCCUAGCUGUGUUUAAUGGAGGACCAGAGGCAGAGGACUCCUCCAUAUUGCUGGUGGACAUCAGCCGUCGUAACACCUGGUAGGGACAGAAUAUACAGAGAAAGAAUAGUACACUCUUUUAUAUUGACCCCAAAUUUGUCUCAGGAAUAGUAGGAUUGAUUGA